CGUUUUACGCACCUCCUAUUUUCUGCUUCAAGGUUCAAAUCAAGGAUCUUGAGGGUAAAUAAAACCCGCGUUUUGCCCUUUGAGCUGCAGAGAAAACUGCGUGUUCGAGCAUGGCAGGAACCAUGAAGAAGUUUUACGAUCUGUCUGCUAAACUAAUGUCAGGAGAUCUCCUGAAUUUUUCCUCUCUCAAAGGAAAAGUUGUGCUGAUUGAAAAUGUGGCGUCGCUUUGAGGCACAACAGUCAGGGAUUAUACCCAGAUGAACGAGCUCCACAGCCGGUACGCGGACCAGGGGCUGGUGGUUCUGGGCGCUCCCUGCAACCAGUUCGGGCACCAGGAGAACUGCAAGAAUGAAGAAAUCCUGCAGUCUCUGAAAUACGUCCGUCCUGGAAAUGGCUUUGAGCCCAAAUUCCAACUUCUGGAGAAGCUGGAAGUGAAUGGUGAAAACGCCCACCCUCUGUUUGGGUUCCUGAAGGAGAAGCUUCCUCAGCCCAGCGACGACCCCGUAUCCCUCAUGGGAGACCCUAAAUUUAUCAUCUGGAGCCCCGUGUGCAGGAAUGACGUCUCCUGGAACUUUGAAAAGUUCCUCAUUGGGCCGGACGGGGAACCAUUCAAGAGGUACAGCAGAAGGUUCCUCACCAUCGACAUUGAUGCUGAUAUUAAAGAGCUUCUGAAGAGAACCAAGUAAACCAGCGGCUUCUACGUGUUGUGGUCCCGCAAGAUAAACCGUCCACUGCUCAUCACAUGCUUCAAAAAUAAGAUUGUAGUUUGAUAUAGACCAACUGUGCAGACAUGAUUAAAGUGCCACUGCUUUUUACACUGUUUACUUGAUGAAGAUGCUUCCUAAAACCUUUCUGAGGGGAGUUUCUGAUGGAACUGUAAAUGCUUAUUAUAGCAGUUGUAAGUUAUGCAUGAACUGCACAGCUCAGGUUUUAUCAUUCAACUCUGUUAACUGAAAAUAAACUUUAAACAAAUA